AGCAUAUGUAGCUUCUUUGAGGACCCUGGCCGAAAAGAACAACUGGCCAUGGGAUUUCGGCGGUGAAGAACCAGCUCUCGUGAGUCCAAAAAGGGCCACGAGGAUGGUGGUGAUGCAAGGAUAGCGUCACGACGUGAUCCUCCCUGACCUCAUGGCGGGGCUCGAGCGGCUAAGGCCAAAAGGGUUCGGCGCGUCGCGCGCGUUGGUCCACGACGGACCGCGGUUGCCCUUGGGACAGGGCGGAUUGCGCCUUGGGUCUUGCUUCUCAUCGUCUGCGGGAGUGUUUUCGUCUGUUUAUGUGGAAAAGCUUCCUUAAUUCCAAACGGCAUGAAGUGGCCGAAGUGUCCUACGAGAGUUCUCAACGUCUCGUGAUGUCGGGAAUUGUCCUUCCAGUGCCCUGGUGCUCGGGGGUGGCUUGUAGGGCCAUGUUGAGCCCUGCGUCUAUGGGUAAAGCAGGUGAUCCGAAGCUCUCCAGCUCUUGCAUCUGGCCUGGAUGCUCGGUUCAGUGUGCGUUUUUCGCGCACAUUGCUUGGGAAUGUCAACAUAGAUCCUCGCGCCCAAACCCCUUUGGAUGCUCGUUUCGGUUGGGGCUCUCGCGAGACCCUUACCUGGCUUGCUCAGGUUCAGAAACAAAUUUGGGUCACCAGACAUGGUGAUCCAGUACUAAGAUGUACUAAGAUCUGACGUCUAACUUUCGUUUGUUCGGGAUGGCGCUACGGCUGACGCCGUUGCGUGGGCUCUUGUGGUGCGCGCCGCAUUUGGGCUGCGCGCGUCGGCUGCUGCUGCUGCCACAAAAUUCUCUCUCUCGCCGUCAGGUAAUUACUGGAGUCUUUGUUGACACCGCUAUCCAGACAAGCAAUUCACAGCGGGAUAUUCAGAUCGAGCGCGAGAUGGAGCUCAAAGAUUCCUUCUUGAAGUCGCUUAAAGAUUUCUUUGAAGCAUUGGACACUGAUGGCAGUGGUUCUAUCCAUUUGGAAGAAAUCAAAAUCAUGCUUCAGGAUCCAACCCUCGCAGCAUAUUUUGCUGUACUCGGUUUCGAUGAAGUAAAUGCCAAUCAAAUAUUCCACUUGCUGGAUGAUGAUGAAUCUGGUGAGGUCAGCAUCGAGGAAUUCCUUGAGGGCUGUUCAAAGCUGAAGGGGGCUGCCCGGAGUAUUGAUGUUCACGCGUUGAUGCACCAGUGCAGGGCCCUUCACCGUGAGCUGAACUUUGUCGCAUCAAUGCUGGGCGUAGACAUGCACUCCAGCACGGCACUUGCCCACAGGCAUCCUUAUUGGAAUGGCAGAGGCUCUAGGCAUGUUGGUCGUGCGACGAACCUUCCGCCUGCAACUUCAGCAUAAAUCAUCCCAGUUGGCUUGCUACAGCUUGAUGUUCCUAGAAGGAACGAUAUAAGAGCUUUCACAUUUCUGUGAGUAGAUGUUUCCGAUGAAAAGGCGACAUGCCAGGAUCGAGAACAGGAUUUGCUUAACAUAGCGUGCUUCACCCAAAUGGGUUGCGCAAAGUGGACGAAGAACGCCAACCCCAAAGCUCCGGGAUGGCCUAGGUUUACAAAAA